AAACACUGUUCUGUAGUCAGCUGGCAUAGCUAUCGUCAAUCGAUAAGUUAUCGCAGUUGUCAUUGUACGGCGUCCCUCAGUUUUCUUAUUUUGGCGGUAUUUUAUUUGCAAAACAGAGUAACAACAAUUUAGUAUAAGUUUAAACCUUGAAUCAGUAAAAAUCUUAGCUGUAAAAAAUGUCCGACGAUGACUGUGAUAUUUUUAAUAUGCCAACAAAACGGGCAAAUGAAAUGCCAAAGAAGUUGAUUGUGCCGGAACAGGAGUUGAAGCCAACAGACUACGAUUUUAUCGAAAUCAAUUCUGAGAUCAAGAAACCUUCCAGAGUCACCAGAGUUAAGCAAGCUGUCCAAGAAAAGCCCAAAACAAAAACUGGCCGACUUAAAAGACCAUUGAAUGAUGAAGUAUCCAAUAAUAAUGUGCAGGAAUCGGCAACCAAGUCGACAGAGGAAGCGCAGGCGCUUCCUCCAAGGGAUUUGUCCCCUGUCUCGCAAAUGAUUUAUGAAAUGGAACAAAACAAGGCCAAAAAUGCUGUGGAAGAGUUGCCCGUUGCCAGACGCACGCGAUCAUCACUAGGAAGUCGUAAUCCUGCUCCAGAAAAAGUGCCAGAAGUUGUAGACACUCCGCAUCCAAUUCCAUCACCUCCAAAGAUUCGCAAGACACGUGCACGAAAGAAUGCAAAAAAAGGUCCAGAAACUACGAAUUCAAAAGCCUUGAAUUCAAAUGCACCUAGCAUUACCAUUGCACAGAAUGUAGAGGCUCUGAAUACAACUGCAACCAGAGGAACUCGUCGAGCGGUGGCCGAGUUUGCGGCACGUUCUCAUGUGCUGGACUCCAUCGACCUGGUUUCUGCUGUCAUGCCUCGCGUAGAAGGAUUCGUAAACUUGGACUCAGAUGAGGACUCAAUGCCCACUGAAUUGAAGAAGCCUGAAACACAGACCGAUUCAUUUGAUGAGGAUAAUCCAGAAAUUGCCAUUAAUUUGAGUUGGCUUGGUGAAAUCCAAAUGUAUAAAUUGCGACAACAUCAAAAGUUUUCGCACAUGUUCAAAGAGAUCUCCAAACGCAACGAGGUGUCAAUUGAGGAUAUUGUUAUAAAUUUCAAUGAUCGUUUCAUACAGCCAACCGAAUCUCCCCAAAAUGUCGGCCUAAAAAUCUAUCACAUAUUAAAUGGUUGCGCCAUGAAGUCAAGUAUCAAUGAAGUAAAGACUAAUGGUCCAUCUAAACGCAAUAAAUUCCAAUUAAAAGUCCAAGGAGACAAAUGGAAAAAGCCGCUGAUAAUUGCAAUGAAGAAAUCUGAAACUUUUAAGAUACUUUCUAUAAAAUGCGCUGAGGAAAUGGAAUGCGAUGUUCAAGACUUUAAAUUAUUUUUUGAUGGGGAAUUGUUAGAUCCAAAUGACACGCCAAAAAAUCAAGAAAUGGAAGGAAAUGAAAUGAUUGAUUUACGAAUGAAAUAAGCCCAGUUGCAUUGUCAGAUCUUUAAGUUAAUAUAAUGUUAAUAAUUUGUGUUUAAGACUUGUUUGUAAAUGCUAAGUUUAGGUCUAUUAUAUUUUUUGUUUACUUUGAAAUGAAAUAUUUAAUAAAAGAUGUUAGAUGACAA